CGGAAACAUGGCGGCGAGUUCUCCAACGGUCCGGUCCGACUGUUGAACAUCGAAUAUGAACCAGGCAGGAACACGUGAACCGAACGGAAGCGGGAGCCAAGAGCCGAGGAAACCGAGUCACGUGAGACGAUUGAAUUUCGGCCAGUCGAUUCUAACCUUAAACGUGGUGAGGCAGUUCCACGGACAAAAAGACGGCGCGCUGUUGUUAGAUGGUAACGUGGCCACGAUACCGUGCACAGAAAAGGGUGAGUUUGUACGAAAAUGGAUCGAGGCUCACAGAGAUCGUGUGCCCGAGUCGGACGAAUCGGCAUCCACGUCGACCGUGUCUCCUGUUCUGGGUCUGGCCUCGACGAAACGCGUGAUGGGAUCGCCGAUUGUUGGUAACAAUCGGAAACGAGCCAGGAUGAAAGAUCGUUUCAACGAUGACGGAAUAGAGAACAGACAAAGGGGACGUACAAAUGAGUCGUCGAGUCGAAUCGGUAAAGAUGCGCGUCAUUUGUCCGACAAAAAUUGGAAAUACACGGCAGGCUAUGUAGAUGAGAGGAAAGAAAACGUGAGAAGAAAUUUGUUUCGCCCAGAACCAGUGACUGAUACUUUCGACUCGACUGAAGUUGUCGUGUCGCCUGUACUCCAUGAAAAGCCCUAUUUUGACAAAAGAGGAAGAAAAUCGUGCACGGACGAAGGCUCGGUAAGGAAGAUUCUGGAUCGGAUUGAGAACAAGCGUACCGACAGGGAGGAGGACUUCUCGUCCUUGCAAUCGAAGCUGUGCGACGCGACGAACGUGUCGCCCAUUCUCGAUAGAAACUCCUAUUGUCGAGGGAGGAAACGGCGAUUACGAAAGCGGAAGAAUACGCAAAAAACCGUUACGGGAGUAAAGGAAGGCGACGCUUACUUGGACGCAAAUAUGAAUUCUAUGAUGUACAAUCUAGGCAAUGUAUCGCAGUUACCGAGUAAAUGUAACAUUCUCUGUACUCAAAAGCGACGUAGAUUGGUCAGAAAGUUAGAGGACAGUUUGCGGAAGGACGAUUUCGAAUUGUCCGCAAACAGAGAUUCGAAAAUCUCCGAAGACUCGACCGAGUCCGAGCUGCCAAUCACGGUGAUGCAGUUGAACAUCGAGGACAGUCCAAGAGAUACGAAAGACCUAGUGAAAAUGGAAAUAGAGUCUGUUAAUGAGGACUACAAUUCUCAUAAAGAUUCCCUAAGUGUGCACACUGACACAGAUGAGAAGGAUCUGAGCAUUCGGAUAGAGGACGUGGACACGCAGGAUUUGGUUCCAGUCGUUGCCGUCCAAAAUCAUGGCGUGAUAUGUUCUUUGUCUCAGUUACCUCCGUCAUCUACUUCUGUCUGCUCGUACACAUCCAAUAAGGAUUCCGAUAAGACCUUUUUCUCAAAAGUGGAACAGGAACGAUCCUCGCAUCCCGAGGUGGGUCCGUCCCAAAAGAUAUCACAAAUUUCCUCACAAGUCAAUGAACCGGAGGACAAUAAAUCAACCCUUACUGGAAUUAUUAUUAGCACGGAAACAUCGCCACAUCGAACCUAUAGCAAUCCACCAAUGCAGUUCAGUCUUUUAGACUCUGGCAAGAAGAGGAGAAAACCGAAAAAGGGAAGUUUGACGGAGAAGCUGCAGUCAACGAUCAACAGGCAAGUGUCGUUUGUACGUAUAUGGAGGCAUCAGAUCAAACAAGCAAUAAAGGACAAUGCCCGUCUGCCGUGUGUCACCGUUUACGCGCGUGUGUGCGUGACCCGUUUCAGCCGACAGUUUCUGGAUGGUAUCGCGAUCGAAGAUCCCUUCGAUCUGCUGCCCCGUCGAGAAACGAACGAUUCUCCGAGAUUCAUUAAAAUCAUGGCGAUUCCUGAAAUCGUUGGGAUAAUAAUGUCGGUAACCCAAGAUCGACCAGAACUCUACGAGGAGGUGAAACUGUACAAGAAUGCCAGAGAAAGGGAAAAACACGACAACCAGGCGGAUUUGUAUGCUGUCGUGAACACUUUACAGCAUCUGGAGAAGGCUUACAUCCGUGACUGUGUCACGCCGAAAGAAUACACAGCUGCUUGCAGCAAACUGUUGGUGCAAUACAGGGCUGCCUUCAAACAGGUGCAGAGCGAUCAGUUCCCUACCAUAGACGCUUUUGCCAGAGCAUUCCGUUUGGAUUGCCCGGCCGCUUUGGAGAGAAUCAAAGAGGACAGACCUAUCACGAUCAAAGACGACAAGGGCAAUACGUCCAAAUGCAUCGCUGACAUCGUGUCUCUGUUCAUCACCCUGAUGGACAAACUACGACUGGAGAUCAGAGCUAUGGAUCAGCUGCAUCCAGAUUUAAGAGAUUUAAUGGACACUAUGAAUCGGCUGAGUAUAUUACCGAGCGAUUUCGACGGUAAAGAAAAAGUCGCGGAAUGGCUGCAGACUCUGAACAAUAUGUCCGCGUCCGACGAACUGUCCGACACGCAAGUAAGGCAACUGAUCUUUGACCUGGAAACAUCGUACAACGCUUUUAAUAAAGUCCUUCAUAAUUCCUAAUAACGAUAGUACAGUUGUAUCGUGCGGCACCAGUGCCAUCAUAUCGUGUACCAUUUGUUGCUUUCGUGUCGCUCGCGAGCGGCACGAUCAAAGGUUUCGCGAUGCACACGCGAAAUCUUUCCUCGAUUUUAAUGGAAAUAAAUUCAAUCGCAUCACACGCUUGCGAAUCUAUUCAAACAUGUGCAGUGACCACCGACGAGGUAUAAGAAUUGAUCUUUCAUCUUAUGAGAGUUGGUCCACCUAAAUUGUAGUACUGACACCUUAAAAAGCCUGUUAUUUUAGAGACCUCUACGUUAUAAGAACGGUGAAUCUACGGUGGGUAGUGACACUAAAAUGGAAAUGGGGUUAUGUUGCCCCAGCAAAGUGGGUCGAAGAAAUACAUUGGGUAAAAGGUCUAUUCUUAUACCUCGUCGGUGGUAGUGACACACAAAUAUGUAUCCUCGGUUCCUUGUACAACACUACCACGAAGCAAACUAAUAAAAUAAUUUGUG